UCCCUGGCUGCUGCUGCUGGAGCAGUGCAGCUGCUUGACUCUACGCUUCUACGCCGCUACCGCUCUUGCCUUUUGCUUCACACUCUGCUUUACUGGAUAAUCAUCACCAAACCUCCCAAGCAGUGACAGUGGAUGGGGAAAGGAGGGAAGCAGAUAGACAGAGACUCCUCAUCCAACUGCUGCAUUGUCUUGUCUGUCUCAUUCUUUGUUUUUGUGGGUUGCUGAAGAGCAGUGAAGGGAACAACUGGACAGAACAGAUCUCUUUUUUGUGCUUCCUACCUCUGCUCGUUGCUGGGACAGAGUGUAGGGGAGGAGAGAAGAGGGAGGGACUGAGAUCAGGACUUCAGACUCUGCCUUCAGCUACACAGCUCAGUGUCCCACCUUGCUCCAGAGGCACAUAACUCAACAGCCUGUCACUAGCAGACAAGAAGACAGAUUAACAAGGACGUUCUGUACAUACAGAGGGACAGACAAGACCACAGACAGACAGACAGGUGGUAUUGGUGUCAUGGCGUCAGUGGACAGCACCGGUUCGAGUGUCUCUAGUCGGCUGAGAUCAGGGGAUUUACUCCAUGCUGGUCUGGUAGUUGCACUGCUUCUCGGUGUAUGGAGUGCUGGUGGACUGGAGGUUUCAACAGGUAAAGUUUCUGUAGUUGAAGCAAUGAAUGGUUCCAACGUUCUGCUGCCCUGCACUUAUUCUUCCUGUAUUGGCAUCAAAAAUCUCUACUUCAACUGGAAAUACAAUGAUAAUGGAACCCUCAUUAAGUUAUGUGAAGCAGAUAUUCCUAAUGAGUUGGUGGAACCAGCUGUCAGUGUUUUUCAUGACCGUGUGGAGUUUGUUGGCUCCUCAAAGACUAGCAACAUCUCCAUCUUGCUGUGGAACAUCACUUUUGAAGACCAAGGAGACUACAUAUGUUUUGCUAGGAACCCAAAAGAGAAGAAUCGGAACCACAGUGCUAUCUACACUCUCAUAGUGGUUGAUCAAAUGAGGGAGGUUGACAAUACAUUGACAGUCAUUAUCGUCUCAGUGCUGGGUGGAGUCAUAGGCUUGGUUAUUAUUGUCAUGGUGAUAAAGGCCUUGGUUGUUAAGUUCCUGCGGAAAGAUGAUGAGAAGAAUAAAGAGUGCCUGGUGAGCUCCUCAGGGAAUGACAACACAGAAAAUGGACUUUCAGGAGCCAAAGCUGACAACAAAGGGACACCAAAGGCUUAAGCAAAAUAAAAUGUAUGUCUUUAUGUUUGUAUAUAUGUUAGAAUAUUGUACACGCUCAGAGAAAAAAGCUGUUAUUGGUGGACUGUUUUAUCUUACUAGUAGCUAACUAAUACAACUUGUAAAUGUCUAUUUUAAAUCAUGCUUGAGAUUUGGGAAGUAUAAAGAGUGCUCAGCCUGGAUUACUUUCUUUAACAUGAAAGCCCAUCUGUUAGACAAUAUGCCAACCAUCAUGAAUAUUAGCUCUGCAUCUUACUGAACCAAACACCUUCUCUACAUAUUAUACCAUAUGUAGCCUUCUGUUUUUAUUAAGUGUGCUCUCAAGUCUAAUCUUUUGAAUAUUCUCAUUCAGGGUUGAAUUCUUAGUGCACGUGGUCUGUCUCAUUUUAAUCCAAGAUUCUAAGUCAAAUCUGACUCGUGGGAGAGGACAUAAAAUUUUAAUGUCCAGGUGAAUUGUAACCGUUUAUAAACUGCCGCAAUGAACUGCUCAAACCUGCUGAAAUGAAUUUCUUCAACAUUGAGUUAAUACCAAACAUUAAAAAAGCCAAGUUUUUUUCAGUCACAGUACCCUAACUUAAUUUAAAUUACCCUUUAGAUUAAAUUAGAUUUAAAUUAAACUUGUGAAUAUCUUUAUUGUAAAUGCUGCUUCUUAAAAUACUGUUUUGACGUUUGAGGAUUAGAUAGUUGUGAGUGUUUUAAGUAUAGUUUCACCAUUUGGUUUUAGUCCAUUUAACUUACCCUCUGACCAACCAGCCUAAACUUGAGUGUUUGCUGCUGUGCUCAGAUUGGACCCACAAUUAAGGUGCUUUGUUCAUUAAGACUUAGUUGAUUAUAGUAUACCUGCUGGCUGACAAAGACUGGCAAGUGGGCUUUCCUGAGAUGACAGCGAUAUCCAGUUUUGCACAGGUUUUAUUGUUUUGCUUUAGAUAAACACAGGUGCCUGUUCUGCUUCUGCUCCCUCUGCUGGUGGGAGGAUAAAAAUACU